AUGGAGAAAUACGAGGUGCUGGAGCAGCUUCAGCCUGGGGCCUUGGGCACUGUGCUGGUAGCUGCAUUGAAAACAGCAGGGGAUGUGGAGAAGAAAUACAUAAUCAAGCAGGUUGAAUGCAUCGAAGAGCAGCAGGCAAAUGAAGCCUUGGAGGAGGCAAUGGAUCUGCUGCAACUUCAGCAUCCAAACAUCUGUGCUUACAAAGAGCUGUUUGUGACUUGGGAUAAUGAGAUAUCAUCUGUGUUCCUUUGCCUGGUAAUGCAGCACUCAGGCCAAGGAGAUCUUUCAGCUGUAAUCAAGGAAAAAAGGCAGAAGGCAGAAAAAAUCCCAGAGAUGGUGGUCCUGAAGUUCCUGGGACAGAUGGUGGAUGCUCUGUUUUAUAUACACAAACAGAGUAUUCUCCACAGAAAUCUCAAGCCAUCCAACAUCCUUGUGACUGGGGAAGCAUCCUUCAUGCUCAGUGACUUCAGCACAGAAACACUGAUGAGAGAUGAGAUGAAAUGGAAGAGAAGAGUGGAAGCAAGUAGCAAGGCCUGGAUGGCUCCAGAAGCAUCUGUGUUUUCUUUUACUGAGAAAUCUGACAUCUGGUCCCUAGGCUGUGUUCUGCUUGACAUGCUGACCUGCUCUCUUCUGGAUGCUGAAGAGAUAACCUCACUGCUGCAGGCUAUCAGAGAGGGUCCUGGCCAGCUUGAGGGAGUUCUGGCACUGCUACAGAAUGGAGACAGCAGCUCCUUGCCUUUACUGCCAGCUCUGUGCUCGAUGCUGCAGGUGGAGCCCAGCAUGAGACCCACAGCAGAGGAGCUGACUGAUGUCCCAUUCAUUGGGAAAUGCUUGGCUGCUGCUGAGGCCUCUGCAGUGAAACUGAAGAAGACUUUGCCUCCCACAGUCAUUGAUGUGCUCCUUGAGGGAGGAAUUGCCAGUGUUGUAGAGUUCAUGCAGGCUUUCCAGGAUGUAGAAGCAGCACAGGCUAGAGCCCUGCAGCGCCUGGCCAGCCUUGUCAGAGAGGAAAGUGCCUUCCCCUAUCUGCUGACACUGACAGAACUCAUCACUUGUGCUAUGAGGACUCACCUGGGCUCUCUGCAGCUACAAGCAGAUGGCUGCAGGUUGCUGCUUGAAAUCUUUAGUCAAGCUCUGGAGCAGGAUGUGGUGAUGCCCCUGGGUGAGGCUGUGAUCAGCUCUCUGGUAGAGACCAUGAGGAAGCACUCUGAAAAUGAAGAGCUGAUUUCCUUGGCCUCCAGGCUGUUGAUGAUGAUGGCAACCAGUGAUCUUGCUGCAGAGAAUCUCUGGAAAGUUGGAGUCAUCCCAGACCUUCUGUCAGCUGUAAGGACUUUCCUUCCCAACCAGGAGAUUUGCCUCUCCUGCUGUGGGGUUCUCUGGAGCCUGGCUGUGAGUGAGAACACAGAGCAAACCCUGCUGAAAGGUGCUGUCCCUGUGACCUCUGCAGUCCUGCAAGAGCACCUCCAGGAUGGAGCAGUUGCUGAGACUGCUUGCUCUGCCCUGUGGGCAUUGUCACUCCAAGGUUGCCUUAGUGAAGAUGAAUUUGAGCCCCUGACUGUGCUGCUGCUGGAUGCCCUCAGGGAGCACUCAGGGAGAGCAGUGCUGGUGAAGAGUGUCUGCCUGGCCUUGGCAAGCCUUCUGAGGCUCUCUGAGAUAGCAGCCUUGAGGCUGGUAACUGAUCCUGGAGGCAGUGGAAUACACCUGCUCAAAGCCACCUCCCACCUCCACUUCCAUGAUCCACAAGUGGUGGGAAGCAUCUGCAUGCUGAUGAAGGAGAUGGUUCAGUAUGAUGAGGUUCUGCUGGAGAUGCUAGCCCUGAACAUGGAAGAACUGCUGUCUGACAUCCAAAGCCACUUUGCUUCCAGCAAGGAGAUAAGGACCCUUGUGGAUGCAACACUUCUGAAGCUGCAGAAGUAAAAUGGAAACCCUUUUUGUCCAGGAACAAGACUUGUCUCCUCCUGGUUCAGAGAGGGAAGUUUGGAGCCCCCAGAGAUGUUGUCAAAAGGUUCUUCUCCUCAGAAGGAUGCCCAUGAGGCCAUGAGUCAUGGAUAAACUGUUCUAGGUUGUGUUUGGUUUGGGUACCACAGCAGAGACUAACAGCAACAGUGAAGAACUUGCCUUAAC